AUGGAGAAGGGGAAUCAACAUCCUUCGAUGGAGAGGAUUGUGGUGAUGGAGAGGAUUGUGGAGAUGGAGAGGAUUGUGGAGAUGGAGAGGAUUGUGGAGAGGAUUGCUUCUGAAACGAAGAUUGCUGAGUGGAAGCAGAGUAUUCUCAGCAAAACUCACGAGCAGUUACAUUCGGAAGCUUGUUCUUCCUUUCUUAUUUUCAGUCUCCAAUGGAAAGAUUUGGAGAGGCACUUUGAAUCAACACGUGAAAUGAUUUUGACUCUGUAUGAGGAGGUUGAGCGACGGGAGACAGCUAUUUCCUCGAAGGAAGAGGCUAUUGCUUUGAAGGAAGAGAAAUUGGUCGAUUUAGAUAAAUGUAUCUUGGAAACCUCCGAAGAGUUUGAAUUGAAGAAGAAAGAACUGAAUGAGUUCAAUCUUUUGAUUGAGAAGUCUGAUGCUGUUCUAAAAGAAAAGGAAUUGGAGCUGAAAUCAAUGGAAGAAACAUUUGAGGAGAAGAAUAAGGAUUUUGAGAUUCUUCGAAAGAAGAUUGCCGAUUGUGAGCAGGUUCUGAAUUUGAAUGAAGAGAAAUUGAAUCAGUUAAUUGAAGUACGAUCAAUGGAACUUCAGUCGAAGGAGGAGAAUAUAAAAAUGCGGACUAAACUGCUUGAUGUUAAAGAGAAUGAACAUCGUGCAGUUCAGAGCAAGUUGAAGGCGCUUUUUGAACAAUUAUUAUUGAAGAAAUCGGAAUUAGAAUCCAUCAAAAGAAGGAGGAAGGAACAUAGCAAAGAACUUCAUGUGCAUGGAAACCAACUUGAUGCGGCCCAACAAUGUAUUCAAGAUUGUCUCGAUUCUGUCAAUUCUGUCAUAAGGCUUACAAAUCUACCUCCUUCAAUGGAGGAGAAUCAACAUCCUACCAUGAAGGAGAAUCAACCUUAUUUUGUAUAUGAUUCAGUUAUAUAUCCAAUGCUAUAUUGA